AUGGCUACACCAAACAAGGUCCACCUUACGGUUGACAACACCGGCAUUGUCCAAUUCAAACCCCAAACCGCAGAAACUGCAGCAAAGACCUCCGAGCUGCUCCAGGAGAAUCAUGAGAAACACCACAUCUUCUUCAACAAAGAUGGGUUUCACAAUCACAUUGUCCACCAUCUCCUCACCCUCUACGGCCUCGGUGCUCCUGCUGAAAUAAUCGAGCAACGCUACAAAGAAAAUGUAAACUACCAGCGUGAUAUCAUACAGUCGGGAGCGCGACCUGACAUGAGCGACCCGGAAAAUUUCAAGCAAUAUCUUGACAACGAGAAAUACUAUCAUGAGUAUCUCAUUUUCUGGCAAAAUGAAAUGGAAAAGAAAGGUUGGGAAAAUGUCCUGAAUGAGUAUGUGUUUGCUGGGGACGAACGAGCAGAUGGUUUGCUUGGAAGAUUCUACGGAGGAUUUCUCCAUCCAAUCAUCCACCUAGGAUUUGGAAUCGAGUUUCACCAGCCGGCUAUCAUAGCAGAAGCGCUUGCUCAAGCUUGCUGCCACCAGAACUGGACAGGCGAAUUCCUGCUUGCGGCCGAGAAAGAUUCCAAAUCCCGUGCGUCAACAAGCAGCAAGACAAUCCCAGAACUUCUGGAUGAAAUCAGAGCAAAUAAGAAGCUCUCCACAGCGGCCGAGUGGUCCGACCCGAACAAAAUUCGAGACGGAGUCAUCGCCCGUGCUUCAGACGAAAUGUUGAAGUACACCUCUGAAUGGCACGUAACACCCGAGAACCUGGAGCAAAAGACCGCCGAGAUGAUAAAUAGCUGUAUCUACUACACAGCCGCGGCCCAGAAUCCACCGAAGCAGGUAAAAAUCGACUUUUACUUUAUGCACUGCGUCAACUCAUCCAUCUUCUGGCCAACCUUCAACGCCCAACCCUGGCUCUCAACGGCUAAUAAGGUGCGUCUCCUGCAAUGGAAAGGCUACCUCGACCUCGCUAUGUACGCCUCUCGCCGUUCUCCGCCUCUCCUUGUAUCCGAAAUCACAGAUUAUGCGCCUGCAAAGCCGAAAGAGGCGGACUGGGAGGGUGUUUUUACGAGGCUGUUCGCGUUUGAGGAUGAUGGGCAUGCGGUGAAACUUGGACGGGCGGUGAGGAAUGGGGAACUGGUUAGCAAGGCAUGGGAGGGUAAGGGAGAGGAAGUUGAGAGGGGGAUGAAGGUGAAGGGUGAUAUGUGGGGAAAGAUUGGGAAUAUGGCGAUUGAUAGUGUGGAGGAUUCGGGUGUGCAUUGGGCGAGGAGUGUGGGGUUUGCGGAGGCUUGGGUGGAGUAUGGGGAUCGGUCGAAGAAGAGCCAGUUGUGA